AUGUUCCCAUAUUUAAAUGAGCAAUCAUCUCCUUUUGUAGUUUCCGACUCUGACGAAGAUAAAACGGCCUCCUCCAUGGACUCCACGGCACCGACAUCUCCACCGGUCGAUGCCGUAGAUGACGGUUCAUCUGCACAAUUGCCUAGAAGACUGUUUGGUCCAGGCUUUUUCCCAACUGGUUUGCGGCUGAACAUAUACUCCAAGGCCAACGUCAUCGGGGCUGUUGCGUCUACUCUAGCUGGUUUGGCGGACAUUGACGUUUUAAUCGGCUCUCAGUUUGGCAGAUUGUUUCACCUACCUGCUGCUCGUUGCCACAACUCAACUAAGCUCAUUGGAAGCCUCCUCUACCGUCAGCUUAUUACGACACGAAAAUACGAACUUUGGUACACCUUCAGUACUCAUCCUCUUCGUUUCUCCCUAGAUGAAUUUCACUCGAUAACUGGCUUGAACUGCGGCGCAUUCGAUAUAGAAGAUUCAGACCCUAAGGCGAGUGCAGGUAGUAUUAUGUGGCAAAAACGUUUUGAUACAACGGUGGGUGAUAUAAGCGUUGCUCAGGUUCUUGAGAUGCUACGCAAUCCAUUUCUUGCGAGUUGGAAACGACUUCGUUUGGCUUUGAUAGCUUUGGUAGACGGGGUUCUUUGUUGUACUAACAAAACCCUGAAGCUCACCCCCAAGUAUGUCGAAAUGCUCAUUGACGUACCAUCCUUCUUGAACUAUCCAUGGGGUAGACUCUCGUUUUUACACACCUUAUCUCGUUUUUUGCCUCCCCCUGUCAGUAAAGACAUCCCUGACCCGCUGCAAGAACUGCGGAUCCGGUUAUCUCAACAGACAACCGCAUGCUAUGGCUUUCUCCUAGCUCUCCAGUUGCUUGCUUUCGAAGUCGUGCCUCAGCUCUUGGCUAGAAUUCCUGAUGCAGGCAACACAACUACUUUUUUGGAGACCCUUCCGCUUGUGCGACCACUGUAG